CCCUUUUGGCGAAUAUUCGGUCCUGCGAAUAGGAAGUCGUCACACUUCGUGCGAGCAGCUGGAAACCAGCGAUGGCGAAGCUAGGGCAAAAAUAAAAAUACAAAGCGGCAGUGUCUUGACUAUAAGAAAAGAGAGAGAGAGAGAGAGAGAGAGAGAGAGCGAAAGAAUAGAGAAAGAAUGGAAGUGGAAGUAGAAGAAGGAGAAGCUUCGUUAGCUAUGGUGGACUUGUGGGAAGAAGAAUAGAAAAUUUCCUUCGCUGUGGGCUUACUGUUGGCAGGCAAGAGAGGGAUCAUGGGAUCCAUCCCAAUCAAUCAAUCGUCGCGACCGAUGCUUUUCUCACCAGCUGGAGGAAUUUGAAGACAAGAGAAAAAGGGCAAAUCUAUGGCGUGAACAGCGAUCUUAGUCGAUCCUGGGAGCCUACAUUGUUCCAGGGAGCUGACAAUUUCGCGGCAGAGCAGGCUAGAGCGAUGAUUUGAUCCAGGAUUUCGCUAAAUUCCGUCACUCAAGGACAGAUCCUGGAUCCCAAUUGGCGAUCGUGCCUCAAAUCGCGGCUUUGAUCGAGCUAUCCAGAGAAGGGGGAAGAUUUCGCUCGUGUUCUUGCGAGGCAAUGGAAGUAUGUCCUAAAUCGCCAGGGGACGAGGACAAUGUGGACGAAUCCAGGAUGCUGGAAUUGACAAUCGAUGUGCGCGACGACAAUGUAAGGGUGAGGAGCGUGAGCGCGCUGGACGAUCGCUGCGACGAUCCACAGCCCAGCGGCAGGAUCACGCUGGCGAGCUUGCUGCGCCACACGACCCAGUCGGGGCGAUUCAUCUCCAAGCAAAUCUCCCAGGAGCUGGAGCUGAUUCGCAACUGGGCGGCGAGCACCCCGCGAUCGAGGUCGCGGUCGCGGCCCAGCUCGCCGGAUCGCGACCGCCUGGUGAAGAUCCUGGCGCUGAGCAGGAGCAAUAGCGCGGUGUCGUCGCGAUCGUCGGCAUCGCAGCAGCAGCCGCGAAUCCGCAAGCAGCAGAGUGGGGAUCUGUUCCUGGCGCGAUCGAGAUCCGGGGCCGAGACUGCGUUGCAGGGGCUCCGAUACAUCAGCCGCGCGAUCGAGAGCGCGGACCAAAAGGCGGUGUGGGAGGCGGUGGAGAUGAGGUUUCAACAGCUCGCCAAGCCGGAUGGGAUGCUCGAUCGUGGCGAUUUUGGCCUGUGCAUUGGGAUGCCAGACUCGAGGGAAUUCACUGGCGAGCUUUUCGACGCGCUUGCACGGAGGAAGCACCAAAACCUCCAGUGCAUUAACAAAGAGGAGCUCUACGAGUUUUGGUUGCAGCUAUCUGACCAAAGCUUCGACUCCAGGAUCCAAAUCUUUUUCGAUAUGUGUGACAAGGACGCAGAUGGACGUAUCACCGAGGAAGAAGUGAAAGAGAUUAUUAUUCUCAGCGCUUCGGCCAACAAGCUAUCAAAGCUCAACGAGCAAGCCGAGGAAUAUGCGGCCCUCAUCAUGGAAGAGCUGGAUCCUAGCGGAAUCGGCUACAUUGAACUCUGGCAGCUCGAGAGUUUGAUGCUGGGACAAUUCGCAUCACUAGCACAAGAUGGUUAUCUCAAUUACAGCCAAACUUGGAGCCAGACUCUGGCAUUUGAACAAUCCGGGAAGAUCAUACUCUGUGCCAGGAAGAUCAAAUACUUCGUCAUCGAGAACUGGCAGCGUGUCUGGGUGGUGGGCUUGUGGAUCUUUGCAAUGUGUGGGCUUUUUCUCUGGAAGUUCUUCGCAUACAAGCAAACCUCGGCUUUCAAGCUUCUCGGCUACUGCCUUUGCUCGGCCAAAGGAGCCGCCGAGACACUCAAGCUCAACAUGGCUUUGGUUCUCCUCCCGGUUUGCAGGAACACCAUCACUUGGCUUCGCUCCACGAUCGUGGGAAGUGUUGUUCCAUUCGAUGACAGUCUAAACUUCCACAAGAUAAUUGCAGGAGCCAUCGUUGCGGGGGUUGGAAUCCACGCGACGGUUCAUCUCGCGUGUGAUUUUCCCAGGAUCAUUCGGGCGAGCGAGGAAGAGUUUAUGAUCUAUCUCGGGCGAGGGUUCCACUACAAGCAGCCAACUUACGUGGGGAUCUUGGUUUCUAUAGAGGGUGUUACAGGGAUUAGCAUGGUGAUUAUGAUGAGCAUCGCGUUCGUGCUGGCAACGAGAUGGUUUCGUAGGAAUCUCGUGAGGCUCCCUUGGCCCUUGCACAGGUUGACGGGGUUUAACGCAUUUUGGUACUCCCACCACCUUUUCAUGGUGGUUUACGUGCUUUUGCUGCUUCACUCCAUCUUCUUAUUUUUCACAAACGACUGGGUGGCGAAAUCAACAUGGAUGUAUCUCUCUGUGCCAGUGCUUCUUUACUCAGUGGAGAGGAUCCUCUCAGCAUUUCGAGCUAGACAUUUCACAGUACAAGUUGUCAAGGCUGCUAUUCAUCCUGGAAAUGUUCUUGCCUUGAAGAUGACAAAGCCACCUACGUUCAAGUAUAAGAGUGGCAUGUAUCUAUUUAUCAAAUGUAUAUCCAUCUCUCCUUUUGAAUGGCAUCCAUUUUCUAUUACCUCCGCUCCUAGUGACAGGCAUUUAAGUGUGCAUAUACGAACUGUGGGGGACUGGACGGAGGAGCUUAGAAGAAUCUUCUCCAAGGCACUUGGAGGUCUUGCAGAGAAAGAAAAUGUUCUGGAGAGUGAGAGCAGCGACAUUAGCAUCAUAAGACACAGAUUCCCAAAGCUUCAAAUCGAUGGACCUUAUGGAGCUCCAGCCCAGGAUUAUCAGAAAUAUGAUGUUUUACUGCUCGUUGGAAUUGGAAUUGGAGCAACGCCUUUCAUCAGCGUUCUCAAAGACAUGCUAAACCAAAUAAAACUGGCAGAUCAACAACAGUUCUUGUCGAUGAAGCAGAUUCGAAGCCCCAGGAAACGAAAUGAAAGAAAGCUGCAAUGUCCCACGAAUGCAUAUUUCUACUGGGUCACUCGAGAGCAAGGCUCGUUCGAGUGGUUUAGAGGAGUGUUAAACGAAGUUGCCGAGAUUGACAACAAGGCAGUGAUCGAGAUGCAUAACUAUCUCACCAGCGUUUAUGAAGAAGGGGAUGCUCGCUCAGCUCUCAUCACAAUGAUGCAAGCUUUUCAUCAUGCCAAGAAUGGUGUUGACAUUGUCUCAGGAACAAGAGUUAGAACUCACUUUGCUCGACCCAAAUGGUAUAAAGUAUUUUCCAGGCUUGCCAACAUUCAUACAAAUUCAAGAAUAGGUGUCUUCUAUUGUGGACCUAUGGUUUUAGCUAGGGAGCUUGAUGCAUUAUCAAGUGAAUUUAACCAAAUAUCCAACUCAAAAUUUGAGUUUCACAAAGAAAAUUUUUAACAAAAUCUUUCAUGUUUCAAUCAAAUUACUAGAAGUUGAGAUGC